UGCUGCCGCAGAUAAAAGCUUCAAGUCACGAGUUCGACCAUCAGAGAGGCUUGUUCUCCCUCUGAGGCAAGAGACAAAGGAAGGAGAAAUGGGAAACUUUCUGUACUUCUCUGCUGAAACAUGGACCCUGCUUGUUGCUUUUGUUACACUGCUGCUUGUGUAUGCGUACUGGCCUUAUGGGACCUUUAAGAGAUUAGGAAUUCCUGGUCCUAAACCAGUUCCCUUUUUUGGCACCAUGCUGGCCUACAGAAAGGGAAUCUUCAAUUUUGAUGAACAAUGUCGUAAGAAAUAUGGGAAAACAUGGGGCAUUUAUGAUGGCCGUCAGCCUGUCCUGUGCGUCACAGAUCCUGCCACCAUCAAAGCCGUUCUGGUUAAGGAGUGUUACUCUCUUUUCACCAACCGCAGAAAUUUCCGUCUAAAUGGACCGCUGUACGACGCCGUCUCUAUCGCUGAAGAUGAUCAGUGGAGGAGGAUCCGCAGCGUUCUGUCUCCAUCCUUCACCUCAGGAAGACUCAAAGAGAUGUUUGACAUCAUGAAGCACCAUUCUGCUAACCUGGUCAGCAGCAUGAAAAAGAAGGCAGACAAAGAUGAACCCUUAGAGCUGAAGGAGUACUUUGGUCCGUACAGCAUGGAUGUGGUCACCAGCACAGCCUUCAGUGUGGACAUCGACUCACUGAACAACCCCUCAGACCCCUUUGUCACUAACAUCAAAAAGAUGCUCAAGUUUGACUUUCUGAACCCUCUUCUCCUUGCCGUUGCUUUCUUUCCAUUCCUUGGUCCCAUACUGGAAAAGUUUGAGUUUUCCUUGUUCCCUGCAUCGGUCAUGGACUUCUUUUUUGCUGCACUGCGAAAAAUUAAGUCGAAUCAUGAGAACAACAAGCAAAAGAGUCGAAUCGACUUCCUGCAGCUGAUGAUCGACUCCCAGAAGAACAACCAGAACGGCCAGCUGGAUAAAGGUUUAAGUGAUCAUGAGAUCCUGUCUCAGUCCAUGAUAUUCAUCUUUGCCGGCUAUGAAACCACCAGCAGCUCUCUGACGUUCUUGGCUUUCAAUCUGGCAACAAACCCAGAGGUCAUGAAGAAGCUGCAGAAGGAGAUAGACGCCACCUUCCCUAACAAGGCUCCCAUUCAGUACGUACCACUGAUGGAGAUGGAGUACCUGGACUGUGUCGUCAAUGAAUCUCUCCGACUGUACCCCAUAGCUCCACGUCUGGAGCGUGUGGCCAAGGCAACUGUGGAGAUUAAUGGGCUGGUGAUUCCUAAAGAUAUGGUUGUCAUGAUUCCCACAUGGCCAUUACACAGAGACCCUGAACUGUGGCCUGAACCUGAGAAAUUUAAACCUGAGAGAUUCAGCAAGGAGAACAAAGACACGUUCGAUCCCUACACCUACAUGCCCUUUGGGGCAGGACCAAGGAACUGCAUUGGGAUGAGAUUUGCUGUGGUGAUGAUGAAACUUGCAGUGGUGGAGAUCCUCCAGAAAUAUGAUUUCUCUGUGUGUAAGGAAACAGAGAUCCCCUUUGAGUUGGAUGUCCAGGGUUUCAUUGCACCAAAACGACCUAUUCAACUGAAGCUCACGCCUCGCUCUGCAUCUUAGUUAAAGGGAGAUUCUCAUUUACAUCGUUGUGUUUAUAUAGGAUUGUGCUUUAACUGCCAGUCAACCAAAUGGUUGAGCGCAUUAUGAAUAAAAAAAUAUAUAUCUUCCCAAGGCAAUAAGAACAAGGAAAACAUGUUUU